GCGAUGGUAUCGAUGAUUGCGAUAACAGCGAGGAUGAAUUUAACUGCACAGCAAACUCGUCCUGCUUCGAGUGUGCAUCUAACUUUGAAUGUGUGUAUGAUCCAAGCUGGGUUUGCGAUGGUGACUAUGAUUGCUUUAACGGAGAGGAUGAAUUUAACUGCACUGGUACUACAACCAAUGACACGAUUUCAGUUUCAGCGGUUAACCUGACUGUUGGAGAAACGUGGUCAAUUUCAUCACCAAACUAUCCUCAUGAGUAUCCAAACUACGCCUAUUAUACUUGGUACAUCACGGCUCCAUCAAACUACUCUGUGAUCAUCACAUUCAUAGCAUUUAAUCUGGAAUCUUGCUGUGACCAUCUGAGCAUAGGGAAUGGUCAUACACCUGGGAACUUGGUGGUAAAAAUUUUCUCAGGACAAGAUAUACCAGCGUCUUUGAGAUUGUACAGUUCUAACAGUUGGAUGCGAUUCACCAGUGACGAUUCAGUCACGCAUCAGGGAUUCCAACUGCAGCUAACAGUGAUCCCUAGAUCUCUAGGGUGUGGCAAUGACUCUUUCACAUGUAUCAACAACAAUUGCGUUCUGAAUUCUCUAACUUGUGACGGUUACAAUGAUUGUGGUGACUUUUCUGAUGAGGAGUAUUGUCCACCCUGUGUUCCUCUAGAGAAUAUAGGUGAAUGUGGACAAUUACCGUAUGACAGAACAUACUUCUCGAAUCAGUAUUCUCCAAAUUCUCCUCAGGCAGUUCUUUCUUACAAUUUUAUUAUACACAGUUUACAAGGUUGUCAUCCCAGAGCCAUCGACCUUGCAUGCAACUUGCUGUUUCCUGAAUGCAUCCAUCAAGGACCUACAAAUCGCCCAUGCUACUCAGAUUGUGUGAAUAUUACAGCACACUGUAGAGAACUCUUUGAGCAGCACUCGAACAUGUCUUGGCCAGUAAACUGCAAAGACUUUACAGAUAAAGGGAGAACACCUAAUGGUUACUGCCAGGGAGCUACAGGAGACCUGUUCAAAACUGACAUCUGUGGUACAAGACCAGCAUAUAGACAGAAAUUUGCCGAAAUAGUAGGUGGCGUGGAUGCAAAUGAAGGCGAAUUUCCCUGGAUGGUAUAUUUGAAAGAUAACGGAUUUGGUUUCUGCGGAGGUACUCUAAUCUCUUCCGAAUGGGUAGUGACAGCAGCUCACUGUGUCUCUUCUGGUAGCCGCUAUACUGUGGAUGAGGUUGUCUUUGGGAAUCUCAACAUUGAAAGCACUUCACCAUAUCGCCUCAGCAUUACACCCAGUCAAAUAUUCAUUCAUCCCGACUAUGAUUCUUUCACCAAUGAUGCAGAUAUAGCACUCAUCCAACUCUCUACGCUAGUCAAUUACACUGAUUACAUCAGACCAGCAUGUCUUGCAAAUUCAUCUCAAGAAACCACUGUAUACAAGCAAUGUAUAGUAAGCGGAUGGGGAAAUACUCAAAUUGAUGGAUAUCCAGACCACUUGCAGAAGGCAUUCGUGGGUUUGAUUAGCAGAAUCACCUGUGGAAGUCUACUUGGGAUUGAAAGCUUUACAGACAACAUGAUAUGCGCAGGAUAUGAAAGAGGAGAUAUAGAUACCUGUGACGGUGAUAGUGGUGGUCCUUUAGCAUGUGAAGGUCCAGAUGGUAGAUGGCACCUGGUCGGUGUAACCAGUUGGGGAUAUGGAUGUGCGGAACCAGGAAGUCCAGGAGUGUACGCGAGAGUCUCUGAGCUGUUGCCUUUCAUUCUAGGAGUUGUGAAAAAUUACGCAGGCAGUGUUCCACCAACAUUAGGUACUACUACGGCCAGUCUAACCAAUGACAUGAUUUCAGCAACCCCCCCAGCAAACUCGAUCUGCUUCGAGUGUGCAUCUGACUAUGAAUGUGUGUAUGAUCCAAGCUGGGUUUGCGAUGGUAUCGAUGAUUGCGAUAACAGAGAGGAUGAAUUGAACUGCAUAGGUACUACAACCAAUGACACGAUUUCAGUUGGAGAAACGUGGUCAAUUUCAUCACCAAACUAUCCUCAUGAGUAUCCAAACUACGCCUAUUAUACUUGGUACAUCACGGCUCCAUCAAACUACUCUGUGAUCAUCACAUUCAUAACAUUUAAUCUGGAAUCUUGCUGUGACCAUCUGAGCAUAGGGAAUGGUCAUACACCUGGGAACUUGGUGGUAAAAACUUUCUCAGGACAAGAUAUACCAGCGUCUUUGAGAUUGUACAGUUCUAACAGUUGGAUGCGAUUCACCAGUGACGAUUCAGUCACGCAUCAGGGAUUCCAACUGCAGCUAACAGUGAUCCCUAGAUCUCUAGGGUGCGGCAACGACUCUUUCACAUGUAUCAACAACAAUUGCGUUCUGAAUUCUCUAACUUGUGACGGUUACAAUGAUUGUGGUGACUUUUCUGAUGAGGAGUAUUGUCGUAAGCAUACACAUUAUUCUUCAGUUGACUCGUAUAAUCAUGUGAAUUUGAAAGGGCAUCAUCCGUUCCAAUUGGCGAGAAAUAACUAUAACGGACGAUAUCAAAAUCUAAAUCUAAAAUAAUCUAAAAUUAUAAAAACUG